GCUAUAAAAGCACUCUUAUGGUCUUCAGGCAUCAGAGAGUGUCAGAGGACGGUUUGGCGUGCAUAGAAAGAGACACACACACACAGCCAUACGUUCACAGACUGCACGGGAGAGACGCUGAGGAGAAACUUUACGGAGAAGAAGGAGUACAAUCUUACUGUGCGACAGUGAUGUUGAAAGGACUAAAGAUGAUGUGUCCUGUAUGGACAUUGGCCAUGGCAAUGCUUUGCGUCCUCGCUGCGGAAGUCAGCAGUCAAUGCUGGGAGAGCGACUACUGCCAAGACCUCAGCUCCGAGGAGAACAUGCUGGAAUGCAUUCAGCUGUGUAGGUCAGACCUCACAGCCGAAACCCCGGUCUACCCCGGCGAUGGCCACCUCCAGCCCCCAGAGCAAGAGGGGAAUGACGUAGACUCUCUGCCCGCCCUACCCCUCGCCCCCGCAGGGUCCCCCCAGGACCUGUCCGAGGGGAAGCAGGCCUUCCCCAGGCACGAGGAGAAGCGCUCCUACUCCAUGGAGCACUUUCGCUGGGGCAAACCAGUGGGCCGCAAGCGCCGGCCCAUCAAGGUCUACACCAACGGCGUGGAAGAUGAGUCUGCCGAGGCACUGCCGGCGGAGAUGCGGAGAGAUGCUGACUACGGCCUGGACAAAGAGGAGAACAUGCUGGCUGGGCUGCUUCAGCAGAAGAAAGACGGCUCGUACAAGAUGAACCACUUCAGGUGGAGCGGGCCGCCAGCCAGCAAGCGGUACGGUGGCUUCAUGAAGUCAUGGGACAAGCGGAGCCAGAAACCCCUGCUGACUCUCUUUAAGAACGUCAUCAACAAGGACGCACAGCAGAAGAAAGAUCAGUGA